CUUCGUAAAAACGUCACGCGGCUUCUAUGGUUGUGAAAAUGUCGGGUUACUAAUAAACUCUUUGUGUGGGGUGAAUCUCUUAAAUAUCUAAGAUGGCAGACCGUGUUACCUUGUCGGACUUCGUCUGGCUAAAGCCAAUAGGUAAGACGGAAUUCGAUGUGCCAAUAGCAGUAAAAGUUCUAAAAAGUGCCGGAGACAAAAUUGAAGUGAAGGAUCACGAUGGCAACGUGUUCUCUACGUCCAUUCAAAAUGUCCUCAAACCGCUGCACUCGACGUCAGUUCAAGGCGUCGAAGACAUGAUCACACUGGGUGAACUGCAGGAGUACACAAUCUUACAUAAUCUUCAUAUGCGGUAUUCGAAACAGCUGAUUUAUACUUACACAGGCUCAAUGUUGAUAGCAAUAAAUCCAUAUGAAAUCCUACCAAUAUACACGAUGGAUCAAAUACAUUACUACCAAAAGAGGAGUCUGGGGGAAAUACCACCUCAUAUAUUUGCUAUCGGCGAUAAUUCGUAUAGAGAAUUAUUGGAUACAGCGUCUAACCAAUGCAUUGUAAUCAGUGGAGAAAGUGGUGCCGGCAAAACAGAAAGUACGAAAUUGUUACUUCAAUAUUUGGCCGCAGCCAGUGGCAAACAUUCCUGGAUUGAACAGCAAAUCCAGGAGACCAACCCAAUUCUUGAAGCUUUCGGUAAUGCUAAAACUGUGAGGAACGACAACUCAUCUAGAUUUGGCAAAUAUGUGAACAUCUAUUUUAGUAAAAAAGGUAUUAUUGAAGGAGGAAACAUUGAGCAGUAUCUUCUGGAAAAAUCUAGAAUCGUCUUCCAAAACAAGGGUGAAAGAAACUAUCACAUUUUCUACUCUCUAGUCACUGGAUUGUCAGCAGAUGAAAAGAAAAGAUUGGAAUUAGGUCGACCAGAAGAUUACAAUUACUUGAAUUCUGGAAAAAUGUUGACCUGUGAUGGACGCAAUGAUGGGUUAGAGUUCAACGACAUUAGAUCCGCUUUUAAAGUCCUAAACUUCCCUGACCAUGAAGUUUGGGGAACUUUUAGUCUUCUAGCUGCCAUUCUCCAUUUAGGAAACUUAAAAAUAAAAUCGAUUAGUUCGAACAAUAUGGAGGCAUCUGAAAUCCCUGACAGUACUGCUGCUAAUAGGAUUGCUAAUCUUUUGGGAGUUAGUAAAGUGAAGCUAUGUGAAGCUCUGACUAGGAAAACAUUCGUGGCUCAUGGAGAGAAAGUAGUUUCUCCAUUAAACGCCUCUUCUGCGGUCGAUGGCAGAGAUGCGCUAGUAAAAGCUAUAUACGGUCAUAUUUUCGAAUACAUUGUCGAAAUGAUAAACAAAACACUGUUCAAAGAGCAACAAGUGACCAGCGGAUCGGUGGGAAUCUUAGACAUUUUCGGAUUUGAAAAUUUCGACUUCAACAGCUUCGAACAAUUAUGUAUUAAUUACGCUAACGAGAACUUACAACAAUUCUUUGUAAAACACAUUUUCAAACUUGAACAAGAACAAUAUGCGAAAGAGGGCAUUCAAUGGACGAAUAUCAAUUACGUGGAUAAUCAAGAGAAUUUGGACGUGAUAGGGUUGAAAGCAAUGAAUUUACUGUCUCUGAUUGAUGAAGAGUCUAGAUUCCCCAAGGGAACUGAUGUGACUUUGCUGUCUAAGUUGAACAGUAAUCAUAGCAACAAGAGCUGCUAUAUUACUGCUAAAUCUUCAAGGGAGUAUAAGUUUGGCAUCAGACAUUUUGCUGGAGAUGUUUCGUAUACAGUACAAGGUUUCCUCGACAAAAACAGAGACUUGUUAACUGCAGAUGUAAAAGAAAUGAUGUUGGAUUCAAGUAAUGAAUUUUUGAAGAAUCUUUUCUUAACUGAAUAUUCUCCAACUCAAAGUGGGAGUAGGAAGACCGUCUCAUUGAGUCACCAGUUUAAAACUUCUCUCGAUUCUUUGAUGAAAACUUUGUAUGCUUGUCAUCCGUUCUUUGUGAGAUGCAUUAAGCCUAAUGAGUUCAAAAAACCAAAGGUCUUCGAUAAAGCGCUGUGCGUCCGUCAACUACGAUACGCUGGUCUAAUGGAGACAGCAAAAAUAAGACAAGCUGGCUACCCUAUACGUUAUGCCUACAAAGAUUUCGUCCAUCGAUAUCGGCUGGUCGCUCCGGGCAUUCCACCAGCUGAGAAAACUGACUGUGUGAGCGCCGCGAAGAAAAUCUGUGCCCACGUUUUCACUGACGAUGACUACCGUUUUGGACACACGAAAGUAUUCCUUAAAGAUUAUCACGAUGCCCGUCUUGAAGAACUCAGGCAUAAGGUGCUAAUAACAGCAGUGAUCAAAGUACAAGCGAAUGCAAGAAGAUUCAUUUAUAGAAACAGGUUCUUGAGACUACGAGCUGCUGCCAUUCUGGUACAGAAGACAUUCCGCGCUCGAGGGUACAGGAGUAGAUACCUCAUUAUGAGACGAGGAUACUCACGAAUGCAAGCCGCUAUCAGGUCAAGAGAACUGAGAAAGACCUUCAUAAAUAUGAGAGUCUUCUUUAGAAAGAUACAAGCAUUCUGCAAGGGUUAUCUCAUAAGAAAAUUGGUUAGAGAGAAAGGCCAUGUAAUUAAGGCAACAUUGAUUCAACUGGACAAGGAGAGGGCAGAACAAAUAGCGUCUGGCAGAAGUGCGGAAUCCGUGGGAGAUAGUUACGAGAAGAAAUACACUAAUAUGAUGAGAUCGAUUUGGUUCUUGAAGGAUGUGCCGUCGGAUAACGUAGAACAAAAUACUAGUGCAAUAGAUGACAGAUAUGUAGACGAUGUCUUCGGUUUCCUUAAAGACUCGGCAACACCGGGAGGCACAGUCAGAGGCACUGGAUUUGGAGUGACAACGACCGCCAAACCGGAGAUUUCGUCGGUAAUUCCGUUGCAAAUGCAGGAUAUGGAUGACGAACCAUUCGAUGAGUUUAACUUUAGAAAGUUUGCUGCUACAUAUUUCUUGGGAAAUACUACCCAUCAGUACUCCAGAAGGCCUUUGAAGCAUCCACUUUUGGACUUACCAUCGCCGGUGGACAAGAUGGCAGCUCAGGCCUUGUGGAUCACUAUACUGCGGUUCAUGGGUGAUAUGGCUGAACCGAAAUAUGUGGAUGAUAAGGUGGACAAUGUGCCUGUUAUGACCAAAUUGGCUGAUACUCUUGGAAGAGCUUUCCAGAAAAGCAAAGAAUUUGAUGAAUACUUGCAAAGAGAUCUCUCAACAAAUGACAGGACUAAACUCAUAUCGAGAACACUGAAACAGCGAACGAAAUUAGAUGAAGAAUUUAUGAAGAAUCUGAUGAAUGAUGAGGUUACCAGUGAAAUGUACAGCACUUGGCUCAACUCCCGACGAAGCACCAACUUAGAGAAGUUACACUUUAUCAUUGGACAUGGUAUCAUUAGGAAGGAGCUCAGAGAUGAGAUAUUCUGUCAGUUAUGUAAACAGCUGACUAACAACCCGUCGAAGGCAUCACACGCUCGUGGUUGGAUUUUACUCUCACUCUGUGUCGGUUGCUUCCCGCCAUCAGAAAAAUUCGUAAAAUACCUUCGCGCCUUCUUACGUGACGGCCCACCAGGAUACGCCCCGUACUGCGAAGGUAGACUCGUAAGGACCUUCAAGAAUGGACCACGUACACAACCGCCAAGCUGGCUUGAACUUCAAGCCACAAAAACCAAGAAACCAAUUCUCUUAACUGUGACAUUGAUGGACGAAUCCAUGAAGACUGUCCAAUCAGACUCCGCUUCAAAUGCUGAAGAAAUCUGCCAACAGAUAGCUGAAAGUAUAGGACUGACAGAUUCAUUCGGCUUCUCGUUAUACAUCACUUUAUAUGACAAAGUUCUAUCCCUAGGCAGUGAGGCAGAACACAUUCUAGAUGCUAUCUCACAAUGCGAACAGUUCGCUAAAGAACAAGGAACGCCCGAAAAGAGUGCACCAUGGAGACUAUUUUUCAGAAAAGAAGUAUUUACACCAUGGCACAACCCUGCCGAAGAUGCGGUAGCCACUAAUCUUAUAUACCACCAAGUUACCAAAGGAGUUAAAUACGGCGAGUACAGAUGUAACUCAGAAAAAGAUUUAGCUAUGAUCGCGGCUCAGCAACACUACGUUGAGUUCGGACCCACUAUAGAUCCCAACAUUUUGAGAAGAGUUAUUGUCAACUACAUACCCAAUCAGUUCCUCCAAUCAAACGACGCCGCACUAACAAAAUGGGAACACUUAGUAACUAAAGCAUUCGAGAGCUCCUCAAGCAUUCAAAGUAAAAUAGAUCCUCUAAGAUGUAAGGAAGACAUAGUGAUAUUUGCUAAAUUGAAGUGGCCAAUGCUGUUCUCAAGAUUCUUCGAGGCUAUUAAACUUAAAGGAGAGAACAUCAACAAAGAUUUAGUCAUCAUAGCAGUCAACUGGACUGGAAUUUACAUCGUAGAUCAACAAGAACAUAUUCUUCUGGAAAUAUCUUACCCAGAAGUAACGUACGUCGCGUAUAAUGCAGAUAAAGAUUACGACAGCAUUGGCAGAAUUAGCAUUAGGACAAUACAACAAGAAGAAUUUGAGUUCCAAAGUGUGGACGCUAGUGAAAUGAGUUCGCUGAUAAUAUACAUGAUAGAUGGCUUAAAGAGAAGGUCAAUUUAUGUAGUCGCACAGUCUGACUUACAAGGCUACAGUGAUGCCUCAUCCUUCCUACAGUUUAAGAAAGGAGAUCUGAUUGUACUCUUGCAAGAUUCUACGGGUGAGACCCUAACCAAUACCACUUGGGGACAUGGCGUUUGCAAUGGCCAAGAGGGCUUGUUCCCAACCGAACAAGUCUACAUAUUACCAACACUAGAAAUGCCAUCCAACACCAUUCUAGAAGUAUUUAAGAAGGGCAACAUAAAUACCGAAAAGAAGAGCAUUUCACAAUACAAUACUAUUCAAAGAAAGAGAAUGCACACACUCGAAAAUUAUGCGAAACAGCAUUUCAGAGAAAAUCAUGAUAUCAAUGCUACUUAUUCUAGAAAAUCAACGCUUACUACUGCCAAGAGGUCCGUUGCUGGCGAUCUGUGGUGUCAUACUAGAGAACCGCUAAGAAAGCCGUUAUUGCAGAAACUAGUCGGUGAUGAAAAGAGUUCCAAGGCAGCGGUAUCGGCAUUCUUUGGCAUUCUCAAGUACAUGGGAGAUAUGCCAGCUCCUAAAGCAAGAACUGUCACUGAAUACACAGACGAAAUAUUUAAGACUGCUGUAAAUGACCCUAAUCUACGAGACGAAAUAUACUGUCAGAUAAUGAAACAGCUGACGAACAAUAGAAUACAACUGAGCGAAGAAAGAGGAUGGGAACUGAUGUGGUUGGUUACAGGAAACUUUGCAUGUGGACAAACGCUUCUCAAAGAAUUAGUAGACUUCCUCAAAACGCGACCGCACCCGAUAGCCAAAGACUGUUUGAAACGCGUGUUCAAAACGCAAAAGAAGGGCGCUAGGUUAUAUCCACCAUACAUAGUGGAAGUUGAAGCUAUACAGCAUAGAAGUAUGCAAAUAUACCAUAAGGUCUACUUCCCCGACGACACUGAUGAAGCUUUCGAAGUAGAAUCCUCAACAAAAGCUAGAGACCUCUGCGAACAAAUAACUGGAAGAUUGAACCUUAAGAACAGUGAUGGAUUCAGCUUAUUCGUCAAGAUUGCUGACAAAGUGUUCUCGGUGCCAGAAAACUAUUACUUCUUUGAUUUCAUUCAUGAACUUGUAGAGUGGAUGAAGGCAACGCGACCUGUACGAGGCGGUGCACUAAUGCAGAUGAACUACCAAAUAUUCUUUAUGAAGAAACUUUGGAUCAAUACAGUGCCAGGCAAAGAUAAAAAUGCAGACCAGAUAUUCUAUUUCCCUCAAGAGUUGCCGAAGUACUUAAGAGGUUAUCACAAGACUUCUAAACAGGAUCUAGCAGAAUUGGCAGCGUUGGUAUACAGAUCGAGAUAUGGCACCGACCAGACUAUGCUUCCGCAAAUCACUCAAAUGCUCCAAGACUAUAUACCAUCAGAUAUGAUAAGAAUCCAGAAUAACUCUCAGUGGAAAGCAGCCAUUCAGAAAGCCUACAUGGAACAGGGUAGUAUGACUGAAAAUGAGGCGAAAGAACAGUUUUUGAAGAAAAUCUACCUACUGCCUACGUUUGGUACUGCAUUCUUUGAGGUUAAGCAAACAUCUGACCCAUCUUACCCAGAAAUGGUCGUUAUUGGAAUCAACAGGAAUGGAGUCUGUGUUAUUCAUCCGCAGAGUCGAGACGUAUUAGUCACACAUCCGUUCUCUCAACUUUCCAACUGGUCGUCAGGAAACACAUUCUUCCACAUGACAAUGGGCAAUUUCUUGCGAGGAACUAAAAUUCUAUGCGAAACCUCUUUGGGCUACAAAAUGGAUGACCUCAUUUCGUCCUAUAUCGCAGUUUUGAGAAAAUAUUUGAAGUAAAUUAGAAGAUCUUGGUUACUUGGAAGCUACAUAUCAGUUUUACCACCAGGUCUUACCUUGCCUUGAAAUCUCGACAAGGGUUACUAGCUAGUAAUAAUAUAGCCAAGUCCAAAAUUACGUUACUAUCUUUUUUCAAAUUUUUGUUAUAAAUGUCGAGACUGUCGGCUUUGGAGGUACGACCAUCAACAAUGACCUACCUACCUAAAUCAUGAGCCGUUUUUUUUUAUGUGACAAAAAUGUUCUUGUUUGUCGGACUCAAUGGAUGCAAGAGAUUCUUUUCGCAUCACUUCUAAACUUGGUGAUAAUGGUUCAAAGCAUUAUGAGUUCAUUUAUAAUAAGAUUCCAAUGAAACUAUCUACCUAUCUGUCUUAGUUGAUAGUUCUAGUAGUAUGAAGCUAUAAAUAAUAUGUACGUUACAUUAAUGUAAAAUAUGUUUGUAAAAAAUAUACCUAGUAUUUAUGUAUUUUUAUUUUGUGAGUUUUCAUUGCACAUCAUAGUACGAAGUUGAUGAAGAGAUUUCAGGUUUGAAUGCCUCUAUGGAUCUUCAGAACUAUUCUAAUUGGACAUUAUUUGUAGUUCAUAUUAAAAAGCUCUGUUAAAAAAUAAUAUUUUCAUUCUGCCCACUAUCAUAA